GCAUUUGAGGGACGUGACAGCUAAAGCCGGCGCACGUUAUGUAGAAGGGACGUUAAGCGUGUGCCACGUGUAGGACGCGAAUUGGCGCGUCAGAGACACGCGUACAGCCAUUAAGACUGGCAUAUUUCCCUUUGCGUAACCGUUUCUUUUUCCAUUUUCACUUUUGCGUUUGCUUGAAACCUUCUUAAACUCUCUGAAGCGAGGCAACUUUGAUCUUGAAGAACAGAACAUCGAACCAGCUUCACGUCAUUUUCAGGUAAAAUGGUUUCGUUGAGAGAAAUAUCAGAGCUACGAGGUAACCAAGGCAGAGAUGGGGGAAGAGGAAGCGAUUUUAUCAGUGGAGCCUAUCACGAUGAUAGUGCCGCCCGAGUUGCAGGACUCGCUGGAAACAAUGGCGCCUGAGGGAAAUGCCAGUUCGAACGCUAGGGAUGACGGCAGCGACCAUCCCACUGCGUCGUCUAGCAGUUCGUCCACUGAAGAGACGCCCAGCCGUGAAGAAGGGAUGGGGGAUGUGGUGAGCAGUGUCUCGGAUCGGCUGGUGGUUGGGGAAUGGGAAGGUGUGACAAUCCCAAGCAGGUUGAGUAACCUACGAAAAGCACCAAAGGACCUGCCCGCUGGAUUCAAGUUCAAGGCUGCACUUCAUCACGAAGUAGCAGAUUGUGCGCCCUCCAUAAGUGGGUAUAAAAGGCUCGAGGAGAUGGUGAGGGCGUACCACAUCCCCAAAACCAUACUGCUACGGACUGGCGGGCAGAACGAAAGGGCGUGCACAGUGUCGCAAACGGGCUGGAUACCAGUGUACAUGGACCACUUUGACGUCGGCCUGCGGUUUCCCUUGCCCAGACUGAUAUUCGAUCUGCUCGCGGAUUACAAGCUGGCGUUGACGUCGCUGUUCCAGUGUCGGCUGUGCCCGAAUUCCAAAGGUGCCAAGUGGUACUAUCUCUCUUGGAGGGAGAAGAGCCAGCUCUUCAGAAAUGUGAGGAACAAGGUGGCGAGGUGGAAGAGACAGUUUAUUUUCGUUCGCGACAUGCGAGCAGAAAGGAUAAGCAACGACCUCGCUGCCCAGCUAUUGGAAUGGCGCACCCCAAAUGCCCACAUCAACUACCCUCAGCUGCUGCCCCGAGAUGUCGAUCUGAAGAACCAGCUGCUUGAGUAUGCGCAGAGGGAGAGUCUAAUAGAUCUAGAAGCCCUAGUUACCUCGGAGCAUCUCGCCGUGUUCGAGUUUGUCGAUGUGACAACCUGUUCAGUGAAGCGAGCCCAGAGCUCACGAGGCCGUGGGGCGAGCAGCACCUCGCAUAGGCAAACGUGGUUCGACGAGCGGCCGCCUGCAGCGCCUCAAUCAUGCAUCUCGUCCCAUCAAGGAUCCAGCUCAGCAUCUAGGCCGCGGGCUGAGCAUAGGGUCGAGGCGGCAGCUCCCAGUGCACGUAGGCGUGCACGUGAGGGGACGGAGAGCGAAGAGGAUGAGGUCCCCCUCUCUCGGCGCAGAACAAGCGGGGGGACUCAGCCCGCGCAGGCAGCUCGUCCUGCAACUGUGCUUUCACCCAACGCACCGUCAGCGACUGCGCAAGCAGCCAUAGAGCCCGCCACUGCAUCGGCCUCAAUGUCUGGCCCCAGGAUUGCUUAUCCUAAGGGCUUCAGCUAUGUGUGGGCGGAAUGCCAGCCCACCAUGGUGCAAGGCAUGCACAGCUUUGUGCCCCCCAUGGAUAGUAAGCGGGCAAAAGCUUUCGUGCAACAGCAUGGCGGGCAGGUCGCCAUGAUAAAACUGAUGGAUGCGUUCAGCUACGCAGUAGCACUGUAUGAGAGCGAGCAGGGGGCUCAUACAGAGAACCGCGAGCUCAGCUCCAAGUGCAAACAGCUGGCCACGGAGAAGGCUAGCCUUGUGGACGAUGUGAAUCGUCUGCAAGGUUCUGAAAUGGCGAACCAAGUUGCGGCUACAGAGAGCCAGGCGGACGAGCUCGCGAAUAGGAUCAAUGAGCUCAAGGAGGAGCUAGAGCGAGCCCGUGCCAAGAGAGAAAGUGGGAUUCAAGCGGCAAGGGAUGAGGCCUCUCGGGUCGCUGAGGCUGAUAAGAACCUCAGCGCUACCGAAGAGGCGCUGAACGAAUUGAAGGCAUCUCAUGCGCGCUCUGUUGGUACUGCCCGAGCCCAAGGAGCGGAAUGGCUGGUCGGCUCGUCCACGUUCCAAGACGCCGUGGCGGUGGCGUCUGCAAACGUAACCACGGAGAUCUACUACGAGAUUCGUGGGAAGGUGCUGCACCAUCGCCCAAAUUUUUCAAUCCGCGAGCUGGUGUUCUUUGACGAGGAGGAGCUUGACGAACAGGGUAAGAGCCUUGCUCCCCUUGCUGACACAACUAUGAGGCUGAGAUGGGAUUUAAACGAGAAGGGCGUGCCUGUCUGGCCGUCGUCCGUGCUGGAGGACGGGGAACAUCCAGCAGGGCUGCCCGUAUUUGACGCAUGGGUGGAGGGUGCUCCUGUAGCUGAGCAGGAGCCCUCAAGCACUCCACCCAGCUCUCAGCCCACCAUGGUACCGGCGAGCUCUCCUGUCAAUGCGCCAGCUCCCGAGCCCGCUGCUCGCUCACCUCCAGCUCGCUCUACUCCGCCUGCAGCUGACGCGUCCAUGCCCGUCGAUUUGACGGAUGACUAGUCUUAGGAGUUUUUGUGCCAUUCUUUUGUAUUUUUGGUUUGGCAUUUUUGUAUUUGAUCAAUAGAUUCAAAUCAUAUGUACUUGUAAUGUAAUAUCAUUGAUGAAAUACAAAAAUGAAUUUUCC